UAGUUCACCAAUAGGAUUGAUCAAUCCCAUAAGACGUACAUACGCCAAUUCUUGAGCCAAGGUCAAGUGAUGCUUACGUCACCUGCAGACCUCGACGGCUUGUUUACCAUUUACGCUGUGCGGUAUUGCUUGUGUUUUUGUUAAUUCGAAAAGGUCGUACAAGUGAUUGAAGAGUUGGAAAUUCGUUUUUUACUUAGUUCUACGUUUUAAAAACUAUUAUUUGUGUGUAUUAUAUAUGUGGAGAAUAGUGAACAAAGACAAUAUUAUUGUUUAAGGCAAAAUAAUCUUGUGAGACUUUCAAGGUGCAUGUAGUAUAUGUCCAAAAAUCAAAAUGCCUGGUACACGUUGUGCUGUGUAUGGUUGUGGUAAUACCUAUAAAACAAGGCAGCAAGAACAUGAAUAUUUUAUAUUUCAUCGGUUUCCCAAAGCUAAAGAUCUUGUUUCCCAAACUAUGAGAAAAGAAUGGAUAUUACGAUGCAAACGGGAAGAUAAAUUUAACCCUGAUACUAGCUACAUCUGCUCAGUUCAUUUCACAGAAAAGGAUUAUGAAAGAGACUUACAGAAUGAAUUAUUAGGUUUACCACUACGAAAAAUAUUGAAAAAAACCGCUGUUCCUACUUUGGGAUUGUUUUCAAAAAAAUCAACAAGUGAAGCUAGUAGUUCAAGCAUCAGUUCCAGAGAAGAAAGACUGGCCAAACGAAAUGCAAAGGAGGAAGUGAACAAACUUUUAAAAGUAGCCACGUUAACAGCUCCUAUUAAUACUUUUUCUGAUGAUACCGAAGACCAUAAUCCUAAAUCUUUUGGAAGUAUUCAGUUUGAAGAGCAUGUACCAGAGCCUUCCACUUCAUCAACCCCCAACUUUGUCCCAGAAAACUAUGAUUAUAAGGCUUUGUACAAUGAGUCUGUAGAGAAAUAUGAAAAGUUAGAAAGACAGUAUGCUCUUUUAAAAUCCAGAAGUAAUAUAAAAAGCACAAAUAUCAAAAAACUUAAUGAACAAUUGAAAUAUUUCAAAAAUAAAUGCUAUAAAUCUAGUCCCAAGGUAACAUCUCUGUUUCAGAGAAAUGAAGCUGCGUCUGCUAUACUUAGAACUGUUCUUACUCAAAACCAAAUUGAUUUAUUGUUAAAAAAAAAAGAAAAGAGUCAACUGGACAAGAGAAGAAAUUGCAACAGCCUUUACGCUAAGAUACUACAGCAAGAAGUCAUAUUUAUUUUUAAGAAAUAA